ACCCCUAAAUUGACUGGCUUUAUAAAAUCCCCAAAUAUCGCACCACCGUCUCAAUCAGAAUCUGAUCUGCUCUCCUCUCUCUCACAUUCAUCAGCGACGAUACUCAUCCCUCUCUCUCUCUCUCUCGCGCGAUCUUGAUUGAAUUUACUUACGAUUCCGUCUCUCUCUCUCUCUCUCUCUCUCUCUCUGCAGGCUAUUGUUUGAUUCGUCUUUGUUCUGAUUGAGAUCUUUUAAUCCGUUUUUUCGUAUUAUAUCAUCAUCGCUAUUGUGUUUUUGCUGUUUGUUUGGAUUGUUUUCGUUUGUCUUCUUUGUUGUGUGUGUUUUGUUGGUGAUAAUAUGGAUGCAGGUAUGAGCACUCCUUCUUACUUAAAGGCGCAGACUCGUUGCCCUCUUCAAGAACACUUCCUUCCCAGGAAAAAAACCAAGGAAAACCUUGACAGGUUCAUACCCAACAGAUCAGCUAUGAAUUUCGAUUAUGCACACUACGCCCUUAUGGAAGGUAGAAAAGGUAAGGAUCAAUCAGCAGCGGUAAGUUCACCAUCCAAGGAGGCCUACAGGAAGCAGUUGGCUGAGAUCAUGAACCUCAACCACACCCGGAUCCUCGCCUUCAGAAACAAACCUCAAGCUCCUGUAGAUCUCUUUCCCACCGAUCACUCUGCUUCUCUUCACCUACAGCCUAAAUCUGUGAAGCCUCGCAGAUCCAUUCCUCAGACUUCUGAGAGAACAUUGGAUGCACCUGACAUUGUGGAUGAUUUCUACCUCAACUUGCUCGAUUGGGGAAGUGCAAAUGUCUUAGCCAUAGCCUUGGACCACACUGUCUACUUAUGGGAUGCUUCCACUGGUUCUACUUCUGAGCUUGUCACGAUUGAUGAAGAGAAGGGACCUGUCACAAGUAUCAACUGGGCGCCUGAUGGUCGUCAUGUUGCUAUUGGACUCAACAACUCUGAAGUGCAGCUCUGGGAUUCUGCUUCUUACCGUCAACUGAGAACAUUGAUUGGUUGCCACCAAUCAAGAGUAGGAUCAUUGGCAUGGAACAAUCACAUCCUGACUACUGGAGGAAUGGACGGGCAGAUUGUCAACAACGAUGUACGAAUCAGAUCACAUAUUGUGGAAACUUACCGAGGUCACACUCAAGAGAUUUGUGGUCUGAAGUGGUCAGGAUCUGGACAGCAACUAGCGAGUGGUGGCAACGACAAUGUCGUGCACAUAUGGGAUCGUUCUGUCGCCUCCUCAAACUCAACCACGCAAUGGUUACACAGGCUUGAGGAACAUACAUCUGCAGUGAAAGCUCUUGCGUGGUGCCCUUUCCAAGCGAAUUUGCUUGCAACUGGUGGUGGUGGAGGAGACAAGACCAUCAAGUUCUGGAAUACUCACACCGGAGCUUGCCUGAAUUCAGUAGACACUGGUUCCCAAGUUUGUUCGUUGUUAUGGAGCAAGAAUGAAAGAGAGUUGCUUAGUUCACAUGGGUUUACACAGAAUCAGCUUACACUUUGGAAGUACCCAUCCAUGGUGAAAAUGGCUGAGCUCACUGGUCAUACAUCAAGAGUCCUAUAUAUGGCUCAGAGUCCGGAUGGUUGUACCGUGGCUUCAGCAGCAGGAGACGAGACUCUGAGAUUUUGGAAUGUUUUUGGAGUACCAGAGACCACAAAAAAAGCUGCUCCAAAAGCUGCUCCGGAGCCAUUUUCUCAUGUGAAUCGUAUUCGUUGAAAUUGUGAAGACUAACAACGAAAAGGAAACCCAUCGACAGUUGUGUUAAUACAGAAGCCAAAACAAUCAUCUUUUUUUUUUUCCGGAUUCAUUCUUCAUGAACUGUAUUGAGAAGAAAGGAGUAGUUGUACAAUUUUUAUAUCUGUGAAUUGUAGAGUCAAACUUAAUUGAUUUGCACAAUGCUGAAUAGAAAGAUUUUAUUUUA